AGUCGUGGGGGUUGCUCCGUCAACAAGCUGUGCUCACACAGCUACAGCUGACAUGACACCGCCGCUGGACGAACCUGAAAACCACCAAGCCAUUGGAUUUCUUGUCGUCUUGUGAGGUGUUUCGUUUGAACCGGCACUGUCGGGGACAAAGACAGGAAACGUGCUCGUUGCCAGACCACCUGUCAUCGCUUCGUAAUUGAACCUUUCUUUUUUUUGUUUCCCGUGCUGGUGACAGGUUGAGCAGACAUACUGGGGGCUCCCAUAGACCCAGCCCGACGAAAACCCCCUCUUCCCUCGCAAACAGCCAUGCACUUCCCCUCGACCUCGGCGCUGGGCGGCCUACUCGCGGCGGCGCUGCUGCCGGGGGCGGCGGCGUGGGGCAGCCUGGGCCACAUCACGGUGGCGUACGUCGCGCAGGACUUUGUCGGGCCGGCGACCGAGGCGUACCUCCAGGGCCUACUGCGCAACGACACGGACUCGUACCUGGCCGGCGUGGCGACGUGGGCCGACAGCAUCCGCUACACAAAGUGGGGGCACUUCACGGGCGUCUUCCACUUCAUCGACGCCAAGGACUCGCCCCCGGCCGAGUGCGGCAUCGACAUGGAGCGCGACUGCAAGGCCGAAGGGUGUAUUGUGACUGCCUUUGCAAACUACACGGCACGCGCCCUGGCCGUCUCGUCACUGCCGGCCUGGCAGCGCGCCCAGGCGGCCAAGUUCGUGGUGCACUUCGCCGGCGACGUGCACCAGCCGCUGCACGACGAGGACGUGGCGCGCGGCGGCAACGGCAUCCACGUGCUCUGGGAGGGCAAGGAGCUGAAUCUGCACCACGUGUGGGACAGCAGCAUCGCCGAGAAGCUGCUGGGCGGCCGCGCCCGCCGGCCGAAGCCCUACGAGGCCGCCCGGGCAUGGGCGUCGAGCCUGACGGCCGAGAUCCGCGCCGGCAGGUACGCGGCCGAGAGCGCGGCCUGGCUCGACGGCGUCGACGUGGCCGACGCCGAGGCCACGGUGCUGCGGUGGGCGAGGGAGGGGAACGCCUAUGUGUGUUCGCAUG